AUGGACAUGACAAAGAUAAGUGAGGAAAUACCUGGUGAGGUGGCGGAACUCGAAGAGGAGGAGCGCUGGACAAUGUUCUUUGAUGGGUCUUCAUACGACUCUUAUGGAGGAGCAGGAAUAGUCUUCGAAACACCUAAUAAAGAAUUGUUAUCAUUCGCUUUCAAGCUAUACUUUGAAUGUAGCAACAAUGUGGCGGAAUAUGAAGCACUAAUCCUCGGAUUACGAUUGGAGGAGGAGCUCAAUAUGGGAUCCAUUGAUGUCAAAGGAGACUCAAAGCUAGUCACAAACCAAAUAUCGGGUGACUUUCAGGUAAAAGAAUCACAUCUGGCGCCAUAUGAUUGCAAGAAGGGGAAACACCGUCGUGGAGCAUACAGGAAGGUACACUAA